GUGUGGGAUAUCAAGUCGCGCGCAAACGUGGCCAGCUUCGACGUCGAGCAGCCCGUCUCGUGCCUAUCCUUCUCCGAGAACGGCUUCUACCUCGCCACCGGCGGCGCCGAGGGCGCGCUGAAGUUGUGGGACCUGCGCAAGCUGAAAAACAUCCACACGAUCGACGUGGGCGCGCCCGUCCGCUCCGCCGCCUUCGACUUCAGCGGCCAGUUCCUCGCCGCCGCCGCGGGCACCACCUCCCUCUACGAGACAAAGUCGUGGGCGUCGCUCGCGCAGCACAAGGCGGCGGCGAGCGGCGUCUCGUUCGGCGCCGCCGCCUCGCUGCUCGCCGCCGCGGGCCCGGACGGCAAGCUCACCCUCUACGGCAGCGCGUGAGUUCGAGAGGGGGGCGGCGCUUCGGGAGAGCCGAGCGUCGAGGGCGACGGGGGUCAUGUGCUCCCAGGCUGGCCGUGUGGCUCCAGGGCCGCGCGCCGGGAAUGAUAAAGUAGCUAGUAGGCGUUUCGGGGCGACGUCUCUCGUUGGCGGCUUUUCACCACUCUCCUCUUGUGCUGACGAGUAUCGUUAACGCACGCGGCACGCGCGCGGUACAUACAUGUGUUAAAAAUU